UAGAACCAUAAAAUAAUUUCUAAACUCAGUUCCGAUUUCUCAACACAUGCUUGUUCGUUGGAUUUUUGAAAUUGGAUCAUUUCUCGAGCCCAAUCUCUCUCUCGUGUUAAUUUGUCGACGAAAAAGAUCGAUUAUCGUUCUUGUUCUUGUGCUACCAGUCCCCACCAACAGUGUCCUGCGAUUUCAAAAUUUCAAACAAUUUUUCAUUUCUGCAAAUGAUUUGAAGAAUUAUUGCGCUUGUCUUCUAUCCUCUCUCUCUCUCGAUGGCUAUGGCUGAGAGUGGGGGAGUGGCGUGCAGGUGCCGGGAAAUGGGAAGCUAUUUUGUCCGAGAAGUUAGGUUACUGGGGAAGCAGAGAAUCAAGAAGAACCUCCGGAGUUUUUCGAUUGUUCCAUUCUUUAGAAGCAGCCUUCUCAAUCGACGGCGGUUGAUUGCGCGCAACAAUUGCAUUAUCAGCAUGGAUGCCCAGGAGAAAUCAAGAUCCAGAAUAUUGAAGUCAUCUAAACAUAAGAGAGUUCCAGUGUACGUUAUGAUGCCUGUCAACAUUUUCGGCAUGGAUUCUUCUGGGAAUAUGAGGAUCAGAAAAAUCAAGGCCUUAUCCGUGUCGCUUAAAGCACUCAAGUUAGCUGGUGUACAUGGAGUAGCAGUUGAGGUUUGGUGGGGGAUUGUAGAGCGUUUCUCUCCUUUAACAUAUAAUUGGUCAGUUUAUGAAGAACUAUUCAAACUGAUAUCUGAGUCUGGGUUGAAGUUGCACGCCGCCUUGUCAUUUCAUUCAGACAUACGCUUGACAUCUAGAGGAAAAGAAGGUGUGAGUCUUCCGCAGUGGAUUCUGGAGAUUGGUUCUUGCAACAAAGAUAUAUAUUAUCAAGAUCAAAACGGAUUGUCCAAUGACGAUUACCUUACUCUUGGAGUGGAUAAUUUUCCUCUUUUUUCUGGCCGAACUGCCCUCCAGUGCUAUGAAGACUUCAUAUUGAGUUUUCUUAACAAAUUUGAUCACUUCAUUGGAGGUAUGAUUGAGGAAAUAAGCAUCGGUCUUGGCCCUUCUGGAGAGCUUAGGUAUCCUGCACACCCUUUCGGGGAUGGAAGAUGGAAAUUUCCCGGGAUUGGCGAGUUUCAGUGCUAUGACAAAUACAUGAUGGAUGACUUGAAGAUGGCCGCAUGCCGAGUAGGCAAGCCACAGUGGGGGAAACGAGGCCCUCGGAAUGCAGGGUGCUACAACAGUUUCCCUUCUGGGACUCCUUUUUUUGAGGAGGGAGACGAAAGCUUUCUCUCCGAUUAUGGACACUUUUUCCUUGAAUGGUAUAGUGGUAGGUUGAUUCAUCAUGCAGAUGCUAUUCUUGGGAAGGCAGCUACAAUGCUGAAGAAGUAUCAACAAAGCAAUCAACCUUCUGUUAUAUUAGUGGCUAAGCUUGGUGGUAUACAUUGGUGGUACAAGACAAUAUCUCAUCCGGCAGAACUCACUGCCGGUUACUACAAUACUGCAGGCAGGGAUGGUUACGAUCCUGUAACUUCGAUGCUGUCCCGUCAUGGAGCUGCCUUACACAUUCCCUGCUUAGAAAUGACGGACAGCGAAACACCGACAAACUAUUUCUGCAGUCCAGAGGGAUUGCUCAAACAGAUUCGAACAAAUUCAGAACAAAACAUUAUUCAUUUGAUCGGGAGGAACACGAAUGAACGGUUCGAUAAGGCUGGGUUAUGGCAAAUCCAUGCCAAUUGUUACCAUCCACAAGCGGAAGUUGUGAGAUCCUUCACUUUUUUCCGAAUGAAUGACAAAAUUUUCAGUGGAGAUAACUGGAAUAACUUUGUCCCUUUUGUUAGAAUGAUGGGCACUGAUUUGUAACAUAAUUUUUAACCGCUCCCUCUUUAUUGUAAUUACUUCCGGAAGCAGAACAACAAUUGUACAACACUAUAUUUUUUUGGCUCAAAGAUGUUCAAAUAAUUCUUUACUGUCUA